ACUCCUCCUCAUCCUCAUCCAGAUAGCGGACCAGGCCGCCACACAAUCAGUCUCAUCCGUCCGUCGCGCGCUGAGGACUGCUUUUCUCCUGGUUCCGGAUCAUCGGUGUCUAGGUGGAGUUCCGCUCUGAGGGCAGCCUCUGGUUCUCUGUCACUGUCUCUGUUCGCUGUCAGACACUGUUUAGUCAUGGCGGCCUCCUUGAUCAGCCGUCAGCUUGCUCUUUCCCUGCAGAAGAACUUGUGGCUCAGUCCUGCAGGCUGCAGGUACGUCAGUAAGGCAGCAACAAAGACCCAAGUGGACUAUGACUAUGAUGGACCAUCCAUGAAAACUACAGUUCCUGGACCACGAUCACAAGAGCUGACCAAACAACUGGGAGACAUCCAGAAUGUCGGUGCCAUCCACUUCUUCUGUAACUAUGAUGAGAGCAGAGGGAACUACCUGGUGGAUGUGGACGGCAACCGCAUGUUGGACAUCUACACUCAGAUCUCCUCCAUCCCCAUUGGAUACAACCACCCUGCUCUCCUCAAGAUGAUGACCAAUCCUAACAACAUGAGUGCGUUUGUGAACCGACCUGCUCUUGGAAUCCUGCCGCCCGAGAAUUUUCCAGAAAAAAUUGCAGAAAGUCUUCUUUCAGUGGCCCCCAUUGGAAUGACUCGUGUUCAGACAAUGGCCUGCGGCUCCUGCUCCAAUGAGAAUGCCUUCAAAGCCAUGUUCAUAUGGUACAAGAACAAGGAGCGAGGAUACAGCUCACCAUCUGAAGAAGACAUGAGCAGCUGCAUGAUAAACCAGACCCCAGGAUGUCCAGAACUCAGUAUCUUAUCUUUCAUGGGAGGUUUCCAUGGAAGGACGAUGGGUUGCUUAGCAACAACACACUCCAAGGUCAUACACAAACUGGAUGUGCCGUCAUUUGAUUGGCCAAUCGCUCCAUUCCCCAGACUACAGUACCCUCUGGAGGAGUUCACCCGGGAGAACGCCCAGGAGGAGGCUCGUUGCCUGGAGGAGGUGGAGGACCUGAUCGUGAAGUGGAGGCAGAGGGGCAAACCUGUGGCAGGAAUCGUUAUUGAACCGAUCCAGUCUGAAGGAGGAGACAACCACGCCUCCCCAGACUUCUUCAUGAAACUCCGCAACAUCGCACGCAAGCACGGCUGUGCUUUCCACGUGGACGAGGUCCAGACUGGUGGGGGAGGAACAGGAAAGUUCUGGGCCCAUGAGCACUGGGGGAUGGAGGACCCGGCGGACGUUGUCUCCUUCAGUAAAAAGCUUCUGACCGGCGGCUUCUUCCACAAGGACGAGCUGCAGGCAGACAAGCCGUACCGGAUCUUUAACACCUGGAUGGGCGACCCAUCUAAGAACUUGUUCCUGGCUGAGGUUCUCAACGUGAUCCGCAGGGAGAACCUUCUGGAGGAGGUGAACCGGUCUGGGAAAGCUUUGCUGAACGGCCUCUAUGAGCUGCAGGCUCAGUACCCUGGCUUACUGAGUCGAGCCCGAGGACAGGGAACCUUCUGUGCCAUCGACGCCUGCGACGCUGCGACCCGCGACCGGCUCGUGCAGCAGGCCCGAGACAAAGGCGUGCUCCUGGGAGGAUGUGGAGACCGGUCCAUCCGUUUCCGUCCAGCACUGGUCUUCAAGGAGUACCACGUCCACAUCUUCCUCAACAUCUUUAACGACGUGCUGGCCCAGAACAAAUAAAUUCUGAUCCUGAAGCCAACUGAUGCUCAGCCCAGAGUGGAGGGGGGAAGAUAAGCACAAAGUACAUGUACAUGUUAGUACAGCCCACAGAAUUUCUGUCUCCAGCUCCAGUGAGGUGACAACUGUCUCAUGAAGAUGAUCCCAGUUAACCAAUCAGAGCCGGAGCCAGCAGCUUAUUUUUCUAUAUUUAGCUGAAUGUUUCUGUAAUCUAACUCUGUAGACCGAUCAGCCCUGGACCUCCACCCCAGUCCAGAUUCUCAACCAGGAGCAUCUCCACCAUGUAGCACUUUCUAAUCCAGCCUGGGUCAUUGUUCUGAUGUGUUCUUGUAUUAAAUCACAGCAAACCAUGUAAAUCUGCCCAUGCCUCCAUUUUCUGUGUCAGUUGUCUGGUCCUGGCACAGAAACAUGACGCCGACGGUUUCCGGCUGGAAAAGUGGCUUUCAAUGUGCACAACGCCCGGUUCUGGUGCUCGUAGACCAGCAUCAUGUCAUGGUCCUGGAUCCGGUCUGUGUAAAAGAGUAAAACUGAGCUGCUGGCUUGCAUGCCAUGUAACCGUCUGCGUACUGAGAAUGUCUUGUGCUGAUCCUCAUCAGAAUGAUUCAGCCUGUAAAAUGGACCGUGAUAAUGUGAUAGAGUAUUUAGUGCCUGCAUGAUCUUCAUUUCCCUCUAGUGGCAGCAGUCGAAGCAGCUGAAGGUAACCUGAACUCAGAUUUUACAUUCAUCCUUUCAAUUCCAGCUCAUGAGCUCUAAAUCCUGAAUCCCAUUCUGAUUUAAGGUGAACACCAGAGACAAAAACACGGCUACGAGCUGCUGGUUGUAAAUAUGAUCUGCAUGUUCCCCACAGGGUUCCUCCUGCUGUGCAUGCAUGUUAGCCUCCCAGGUGAAUCUAAACAGGUAAGAUGAAAAUUAAACAGGUUUUAAUUAUCCUGCAUGGCUGCUGAGUCAGCAGUGAGUAAUAACUAGCAGGCAGAAGUCCGGCUUUCUGCUAACCGAGUUUUAAACUUCAGCUCACAUCGAUGGUGAAGGUGUUUCUUCCUCACCUGAGAAUGUUCCAGACUUUUUACCGACUCCUGGCGUAGAGCAGAGAAAAGCACACAUCUAUCAUACAGGGUCUCACACAGGUUUCAGUUUCCACGGUGAUUUAAAACUCGCUCAAACUGGUUCUGUCCAACACAGACGAUCAGCUGUCUGGGAAUGUUUGCUGGAGCUUUGAGGGAAGAGUCAGGAAUGUUGACAUGUUCAUGAAUCCGUCUUCAUUUCUAAAUGUUAACCUUAUAAUCAAAUAAGUCAUCUUUUUUUACAUUCCUACAGAAGAUAGAAACAUUAAUGUGAUUUAUUAAACAUAUUUAACAGGGUGACUUUGUGCCAUGUGAGAGGCUGAUGGGUGAUGAGGAUGAUGAUGAUGAUGAUGAUGACAGUGCCUGUCUUUGUGUUGUCAGUCAGAUCUGUGAUAAUAUCCUUUCAGAAGAUCUCACAUUACCUGCACUUGUGAAACAAUAAUUGAUGUAAUUUAUUUAAAUGACUGUUAUCUAUAAACACUGUCCGUGUACUGUGAAGAAUAAAUCAAGUUCGUGUAACAGCA